GCAUCAUGGAGAUUCCUGAACCCACUAUUGCAGUAGGAUGUUCUGCACAGGGAGGCAUUUUGAAAGAAGAGAAACAGUCUGAUUCUGAAAUGGCCCAAAGAGAUCAUUUUCCUGGCACCAAGGACAAAGUACCACUAAUAGAGAGACCCCACAGAGAUGAUUUGAGGUCAUGUCCCAGUAUUGAGACACAAACAGUGGGGUCAGGAACUAGCUCCCCCUUACAAGCCAGUGACCAGAAUCCAAUCUACACAUGGAGGAAGACACAGCGUUUCCUUCCCCCUGGCAAACGAUGUUUCCAAUCAAGUAUUAACCUCCUGUCAGUGGGUGUGCACAAAAAAGAGCUGAAAGUGAAGAAGACAGGAAAGUAUGUGUGUCAUUACUGUGGGAGAGCAUGCGCCAAACCCAGUGUGCUGAAAAAACACAUACGUUCUCACACUGGUGAGCGACCAUAUCCAUGUGUUCCUUGUGGUUUCUCAUUUAAAACUAAAAGCAAUUUGUACAAACACAGAAAGUCUCACACACAUGCUGUCAAAGCAGGAUUGUUUCCAUUUUCAGAGCAAGAUAGGAAGCUCUGUAGUAUGGGUGAAGAAGUAAAAGUAGGAGAAGGAGAAAUGCACUCGGAUGUUGAGCAGAGCACUGACACCGAUGAGGAGGUGAGAGAAGAGGCAGGUCUUGCACAGAGGCAGCCCUUGCACAGAGGCAGCUCUAUCCAAAUAAAGGACAAGGGGGAUACUGUACAAGAGAAGUGUGGUAGACAUACACAAAAGAUCCCUGGGAUAACCUUCACACAAAGUUCAUCAAAUGAGAGUAUGUCAGGAAAAGUAUCUUUAUGGCAAUUUAGAGAAAUGAUGACACCUGUUAUUGUCACUCAGGUGGACCAAGAACUUGAGUCUUCUACCAUAAAGCAAAGACUUGCCCUUAGGCUUUCAGAGAAAAGAAGUCAAGAUUCCCUCUCUCUCCCAAGCUCAUACAGCAAAGGCAGCACUGACUCUGGCUACUUUUCACGCUCAGAGAGUGCAGAACAGCAGUUCAGUCAACCCAGUGCAAAUGCCAAGUCAUACCAAGAAAUUAUGUUUGGGAAAUGUUAUAGACCAAGUGCCAAGCCAAGGCAAUCCAUCACUGUACAGACUUGCAUGACAGACAUAAAUGAGACUCCAUCCAGUUUUAUGAUUAAAUUGACCAAAGGAAUGGCACAUGAGGAAGUCACAUGCCAUUUACACAGACACAAAAAAGACCUGGCAAGAUCAAUAAAAAUCGAAUCAGAAUCUUUUCACGAAGACGAGUCUCAGGAAAUCCCAGAAAUGUUUCGGUGUAGGACUGAACUAUUAGAAACACCACCAGAAUGUGGUUUACUUCUACGGAGCAACUCUCUUCCAACAUCAUCUGAUUCCAAUGUAAGUGCACCACAGGCACUAAGAAGCAGUAAUUCUUUUGAUGAGAGGAUGACAAAUGAGGAAAUCUCCUUUCGUAGCUCCAUGGGCAUGAGAAAACUCAUGAGACAGGCUGCCUUUGAGCAUUUUGCACAUGAAGGACAUGCAGAACCGGAUCACCACACUUUGGUUUGUGGCCUGAAAUCAGAGCCAAAAGUUGACACUGCUGAUGAUUCUAAAACUGGAAUAGAGAAUUGUCCAGAAUCGGAGUCAUGCCUCAUGUUUCAAAACCACAUGAUGGAAAAUGCUACAAGGAAACGUAGAAAAGGAAAGAACAUUAUAGAAGAGGAAGAUUUUCCAACCCAAAAUAAGCCUUCAUGCUUGCCUGACCUCACAGGAGACCUUUGUACAAAGCAAGAUAUUCUGGAUGCUACAUAUACUGAUGCAGAGAGAUGGGCUGGCAGCAAUGUUAUCUCUGUAAUUCAGCACACAAAAUCGUUAAGUAGGCCGAGUUCUGCAGAGAAGUCUGUUGAUUUUGAGUCGCAACAGUUUAAUAAAAGUACCCUUUACCAAUUAAUCGAAAAGGAGCAGAUUAAGGAAAAGUAUAAAACUGACCCACUCAUGAAUUCUGAAAAAACAGAGAGUCAAUACAGUGGAAGUAGUUUGAUCUACCAGUGGUCUCAUUUAUCUAAACAACUAGCUUUUCAGUCUGGUAUUCAAGUUCCAGAGAUUAGAGUUACCGAGGAGCCUGACAAACCAGAAAAAGUACGAGAUGUGCAGGUUAGACCAAAUGAAAAAAGCAGAGAAGAAUUCCAGUGGCCUCAGAGGAGUGAAACUUUGUCAAACUUCCCAGUUGAAAAGCUACCUCCAAAAAAGAAACGCUUGCGUUUAGCUGAGAUGGAAUGCUCCUCUGGUGAAUCAAGCUUUGAAUCUGCUUGUACUAGUCUCUCCAGAAGCCCAAGUCAAGAUAGCAAUUUAUCUCACAGCUCAAGCUUUUCUCAAUCACUUGACAGAGAGGAAAGUAUGAAUGUCACAUCUCCCGCUAAAUCGGAUGAGUUUAGUAAGUGUUUGGAGUUCUUGUCUGUUCCAGGAAGCUCACUAAGCCAACAGAGAGAGAUGAGACGCUCUGCAUCAGAACAGGCACCCUGCAACUUAUCCAUUGAUUUGCCAGAAUUAAGAAGUAAGUCCUUCGACUAUAGCAGCCUUUCUUUUUCAACCAGCCCUAUACAAAGUGACAUCUAUUCCGGUGAAUGUGGAUUUAAAGAACGAAGAAGAGGCUGUUUGGUUAGACAGGCUUCGUUGAGUGGUGAUCCAGAGACUUUAACACAUGAUAAAUCUAUGGACAUGAAUGCUACACAGGGAAACUCAGAUGCAGUUGAAAUGGGCAGGAAAAUGUUUUCACCAGACAAACAGUUUUUGUUGGAAGGUUCUUCUAGUGGCAGUGAGAAUAUGAGGUACUCUUUGUUGCAUGGAAGUGUUUCUCCACAGCAGCUAAUUUUGCCAGACUUGUCUAGGAUGCCAGAUCAAAUCCCUCAUAAACAGCCUCUUCUGUCCCAAACUUUACAGCCACAUCAAUGCCAUGGCCUAAAGCAGAAAAUCAAGAAAGAACCUAAAGAUUCAAAAACAGCAGAAGAUCCUAGAAUUGCUCUGGCAGAUCUACCAAAAGACCAUUCACACAGUGUGACCAAUGUCCUGUCAACAAUAGCAGUUCUUUCACAAGCUCAACCUGCUUUAGCCAGUCAGAGCUUGCGUGGUUUGUUAGUUCCAGUCAGAAUUCAGAUGCAAGUACCAUGUUACGGAAACAUCACAUACACUAGUAUAUCUCAUAUUCUGGAUUCACAAUAUGCAAUAAACUUAGCACCUUAUAAUGUUAUCACUCAAAGUCAUUGUUUAAGUGUUUCAUCACAACACAGAGCAGGCGAUAUAUGUGACACACAAGGACAUCCAAGAGGACUUCUUUCCAACCCACAGUCAUCACCUGCAAAACUUAAUACAGGCAUACCUCUGUCUUUGACCUCUAGAACCAUUUCAACUACAGAGGCUCCAAGUGGUGGAGCUAGUAAGCGAAUGCUUUCUCCUGCCAGUAGUAUUGAACUCUUCAUUGAAGCAACGCAGCAAAAACGAGUCAAAGAUGAGAAUAUGUAUGGACAGAUUGUAGAAGAACUUAGUGCUGUGGAAUUAGGACAUCCUGAUCUUGGAAAAGAGGAACAAAAGAAAGAGAAUAAGUCAACAUGUAUACAAAAUCCAUCUAUGACUGUUGAGGAGAUAGAAAUGGAGGAUACAAACACAGAAUUCCACAAUAAAGCAGGCUUACCAUUGCCCAGCAGUGUUUCUCCAGAAGCAAUUUUGGUAAAUAAUUUGCCUAUACCAGUGCAGAUUGCUGCAACAAGCUUACCUAGAGAGAUUGCCAAUACUCGGAUACUAUCUCAGUUUCCAGGUCUUCACACUACAACAUGUGUGAGUUGGUGCUAUCUCAAUUGUUCCAAACCAAACAGCACCCAAACAGCACCUCAUUUCUCUGUGUAUGCCUCUUGGUUCAUGAGAUGCCAUAAUCCAAAUCCACCAAGUCUCAGUACUGGAAAGGCUCUUGCCCUUCUCCAGUCUAAACAGAAGAAACAAAAUACCACAUAUACAAUCGCAGCCAUGUAUCAACCAGGAAUACUUGUUAGUUCAACGUUGUCAAGUCACAAACAGGAACAGGGGACCAUUGAGGCUAGGGUAGGAGACAUAACAUAUGAUGCACAAAUGAAAGAUAUUAAGCAAAAAUGUAGACCUUCACGUGACAAUAGCAAGGAAACUGAGGCACCUUCAAGACAAACAGAGCCUGCUCGGGUAAAGAUUUUUGAAGGAGGGUACAAAUCAAACGAAGAUUAUGUGUAUGUCAGGGGCCGUGGCCGUGGGAAGUAUAUUUGUGAAGAGUGUGGUAUUCGAUGUAAAAAACCUAGUAUGCUAAAGAAACAUAUACGUACUCACACAGAUGUGAGGCCCUACAUAUGCAAGUGCUGUAACUUUGCCUUUAAAACAAAAGGAAACUUGACGAAGCAUAUGAAAUCAAAAGCCCACUUGAAAAAAUGUCUUGAACUUGGUGUUUCACCCAUGAAUAUGGACAAUACAGAUGUUGAACAUGAAGAAGAUGUACAGAAAUCAUCAGAGAUCAGACCAGUAAUGGAUGCAGCCAUUAAACAUCAGUUCUCUGAUGCGGAUGACUCAGACGGUGGCGAGGAAGAUGGAGAUGAACCAGAUGAUGAUGAGGAUGAUGAAUAUGAUGGGGACUCUACGCCAAGAACUCCCUCCAGAAGCGCAAGUCCUCAGCCUUACACAAUUAACAAACCAUUUCCCUCCAUCUGUUUCACUAAGAACUUGGAUCCUAAAGAAAAGCUUGAAGCAUCAUCAGUCAGUAAUGAGGAUGAUCUAACUCUUGAGCAAACAAGCACCUCAUUUGAUCCCUGUACACCUCAGCUGCUCUCUCCUUGUUGGGACUCACCUCAUCAAAGGAACAUCUGUCUACGGGGAGAUCUGUCCCCACAAGGUCAUCUGACUCCAGGAAGGGCUCCCUCCCCCUUGAGACCCAUUUUUCCAAGGCGAGAUGUGAACAACAGAGGGGAUCUCUCACCCAUUCGCCAGCUCUCACCUGUAAGACCCAUUUCGCCAGCGACAGAUGUAUCAAGGUAUCGAGCAUCCUCCCCACGUGGUCAACACAGAGGCAUGCUUCGGGCUGGAUCACCACGCAGGGGGACCUUUCAGCAUAAAUCCUAUGUGGAUUCAAGCAGGGAGAUGAAAUGUGAAGCCUCUACCCUAAGACAAACAAUUGCAAUGUACCCAGAAAUGGAUAAGCGAGAGGCCAUUCAUCAAAAUGUCUCUGAUGGCGUACGCUGUGGUACCAAUACAUCACCCCUCCCCAGCCGAGGCAUCUUCAGCCACUUGCCUUUGCACUCUCAACAGCAGGUACAGACUCCCAUCCCAAUGGUCCCCAUUGGAGGUUUAAGAAUGCCCUCUGUCUGCCCAUCUGGUGUUCCUGUAGAGAGACACUCUCAGUCACGACCACAGGGGGACAUAUCAGAGAAGGCUAAUUCCAGGCAAGCCUCAGUUUCUAUUCCAGUACCUGGAGUAAGCGACAUAUCAUCCCAGAGGAAGGAGCAGCCAACAUCUUGCACUAGUCUUGCCAGCAAGGACAACAAGCAGGAGGAGAGUGUCCACAUCUGUGCAGAGGCUAUUGCAUCCCUCAGGAUCACGUCAGAGGAUAUCAUUGGUAAUCCUCCAAAAAGCUGAUUCAAAUAGCUUCUUGCAAAACAUUUGGUUGAGUCAAACUAAAUCAAGCUCAUAUGAUGAUUGUUGUUUUGGUAAGGUGCAAUAUGUGGCCAAAAGAAACGAUAAAGCGAAUAUGCACAUAAUUUCAUAUACAGUUGCACAGCACAUAUUUUAAUCAAACUGCCAUAUCAGAGUCACAUUUCCUAUAACCACCACUUAUUUUGUCCAUACAUAUAAGGCCAUAUAAAUAUUAAUA